AUGUUCAAUCAUAAAAGGAGCGUGAAUAUUGUUAGACGUAGAGGUUUUUCUUCUGAACCGCAAUACUUCGAUAUUAGGGCCUCAUCACCGAACUCUACUUGUCGCCAUACAAAACAAAGUCCCAUACUCGUUGUUGACGAACUAGGAUAUCUGUGUAAUUAUUUUAAUCUCCUGACAAAUAGUUGUUGCCCGUUUCAAAACUUAACACAGCGCUUUUUUUGUCAUUCAUGCAAAUCUAAUUACUGCUGUUCUAUUUACGAACAUUGUGUUUCUUGCUGCCUCAAUCCAAUUAAUAAAUCCCUGUGGGAUAAAGUUCAAAGUCUUAGUGCUAACUAUAAACGUCAUCUACAAUUAGCUACAGAUGCAUUCGAAUUUUGUAUAGCAGUUUGUAGAACUUCUUCACUAAGUGUCUUGCAUGAAAAUCGGUACCGCAAUUUGGAAGAACUUUAUUGCUUUGGGCUGAAAAGUUCAAAUACUCCAACACACUGA